CCUACAGAGGCAAGAAGACGAAGACGAAGAAAGAAAAGCUCCCUUCUUGUUGAGAAAGAAUAUCUAGAGCUGUAAAUCAAUAGAGAAGGAGAAGUGGCGCUAGGACUAGUGUUCUUUAGAAAGGUGUCGUUUUACGAAAGUUUAGGAAUUCUAGAACACGCUCGGCAAGUUUAUUUUUGAUGUUCUUUGGAUGUAGUAAAGUUUCUAUCGAGGUUCGAAAUCCGCGGACCAAGUCGAGUGAAUUCUAUAGGUCUGUUCGUGACGACAAAGUUCUGUUGUUGAGGGGCUCCUGUUAUCAAGACGAGAGCAGUAUUCGUAUUGAGGUCUGUCAUUCAGAGUAGUUCGGUUGAGAGGUGAUCGCCGAGUGUCGAGAUUGUAUUCGCGUGCUCCAGCUCCUGAUCUUAUUAGAUAUACUCUUCCAUCUGACCACCGCCAAAAUGCCUCAAACCCUACCGACAUUUCCCGUGGGCGAUAAUAUCUAUAUUUUCUUAUGUUCACUUUCACUUAGCUUUGCUCUGUUACUGUAGUGUACUUUCGAACCUGUAUGAUAAUUGAACUUGAAACUAUUAUUCUGACAACUAAUUGUUCAAUCAAUGAAAACGACUACAUGAUGUACACCAUAUGAUUCAUCAUCCAUUUUAGCAUUUAUCAUCCACAGUGAACGAAUACGUAUCCAAAUCUGAACCCGAUUUUCCGCCUGAAUUUUAUUCCCAAAUCUAACAAUCUCUUUUAUUAGAGGUUUUCCGUUUUCGUUUUCAUCUUGCUGAGAAGUCGAAUAAAAGAACUCUUGCUCCUGAGUCGCAGACCCUUGCUCUUGUUCUCAGUUCGAUCUUUUGCUCUGCUCUAGGUCUUUUUGACUUCAUCAUCUCGGUUCCAACAUACUACAGCUAGUGGUCUCAACAACGACAACGAGAUAACAUCUGCUACUUCAACAUUUUACGAGUUGUGCAUCACCAACAAUUAGAGACAUCUUCUACAUCUUCGUACUUCGUUCUCUGUGAGAAUACGACGACUUCGCCCUUAGUCGUAGAGAGCUAAGCUGUGACGAGAAUCACAAUGUCCAAAUUCUUCAAGCUAUCCGUCGCUGGCUUUGCCGGUCUAGGAGUUGCACGCGAAACGACGUACUUGCGCAAUGUUAUGAAGAUCUAGACGUAAUAGCGUUGAUGAUCAUCGCGUCUUCUACUUCUACAACGCAGUCCUGCGAGGUUCUACUAAUCAAUCUCAAGAAUCUAGAAACAAUAUAGAGAUUGCGUUUGAAGCGUCCUAGGUAAAGGCUGAAUACCUCAUUACUCUAUUUUUCAGAAGUGUGAACUUUAUGUAUCUUUAUCAUCCUGAUCUUUGCUGAGGCACGCACAGGCCCCGGCCGCCUAAGAUGAGAAGAUAGACCUCCAGGGCAGUUGGACGAGAAGCGGCUCCUAGAAUAGACGGGUCUUAAUGCUAAUAAACAAGGCCAUUAGAAUACUUUACCUAUAGUUAUACCAUCCCUUUUUGUUUUUUCGGUAUUUUCCUAGUAGCUAGAUUGGCUCCGCCACUAUUCUUAUCAGCCUCUUUGCCAAAGCUGAGUCUCUCACGUAGCGAGAAAAAGUCCAACGUCAUCAUCUGAAAAUUACUCAUGAAUAUUUAAUAUUUCGAGUUGCAGCGGGUUCUUGCUCGAGUUGCUGAAGUGAAGGGCUCCAACUCUGGAACGAGUUGCCAGAGGGAGCCUGCCCCAUCGAAAUGGGGCGAAGUAGGGCGGCGCAGGCGCGUAAGUGCUUGCUCGGCAUGCGGGGCGCCGUCUUCGGGACCUCCUGCGCAAAAGAAGGUCGGGGGGGCGUUGCCUCCUCUCGUUUCGGAUCGAUAGCGGCACACCGCUCCCUACUCUAUGGCGGGGAGCAAGUGCCGCGCCCCCCCCUGUCGUUUGGUUGGGGGGUGUCAAGUUGGGUUUGGGUUUUCGUCCCGCUUCGUUGCGGGUGUCCGCCGGGGUGGGUUCGUUCGUAGCCGGCUUGCGGCAGAAGGAUGCCGCUGCGACAUGGGGGAAAGUGCGGCGGGGGCUGAUGUGUGGGCGGGUAGCGGUGGGCGCGGGUUCACGUUGGUAGGCAGCUGGGUGGGCCGGUGCGUACAUGCCACACCCCCAGGGCCCCCGCGUUGGACCCUUUGCGGGCAUUCGACUGCCCCCCUGCGUUGUCUGCUAUUGGCGGACGCCGCUCCUGCUGGCCCGCAGUGCUCUUGUUCUCUACUUCAGGGCGCAGCGAAAACACUAUUUGCAUGGGCAACUCGAGCAGCCCGAGAAUCUCGGCCUGAUAUGGGUGAAAAAGAGCCUAACUCUAACGUUUACACUUCUCCCUCGCGUUGUGCUUUUUUGGUUUUUUCCUAGUUAGGCUGGCUCCAUCACUAUAUUGACACUUCGUUCUCUCGUCACUCUCCCUCAUCAAACCUCGUCAAAAUGAUUUAUUUCUUCUAUCGCUUUCUUCUAAUACAAGGAACAAAAACAAAGGACAGGACAAGGAGAAAGCGAAGAAAAUGUUGAACUGCGCAACGAUGUUCGACAAGUUUGACUCCAACAACAGCCCUUACCACCUUAAGAAUCGCGAAACUUGAACUACAUGAUCUUCGCUUAAAAAUAUGUAGUUACAGUUAAUACUUUCUUGCUCCUUCACCUUAUUUGAUAUUCAGUUUUUCUUAUUCGCAUUAAUAUUUAUAGUAUCAGGACCCGCCAUUCUUGUCCUUAUGCAGCAGUAAGACCCAUAUUGAGAUUAAUAACCUGACUCAUGAUUAUUACAAAGUUGCAUUCGAUCCUACCAUUGCGUAUCAUGGCGCUUUCUAUCGAUGAAGUAGUACACACAAAUCAUUGCAUAGGAAGCAUUCUCUUGGUUUAGUAGGACACACCAGGCAUAAUUGGCAGUUGCUCGUAGCUGCUAGGUGGUUCGAAUGCAGCAGGGUAGGAAAGCGGGAAUUGUAGAUCCAGGCAGCAACAAAAAAAGCUGCUACGUGGUUCGAUUGAGUGAAUGAGUGAGUUAAUAAAGUAGUACAUGACGCGGCUUUGUUGUGUAGUGAAGAAGAAUUUCUCGUGGUGAAAACAAACAAACAAGAACUUUUCGUCAUCUCCUGCUCUAAGAUACUUGCGGCCGCUGUUGGUGCUUCGAAAAGGCAAAUGGACAACACUGUUUUGGCCCACAACGCGGUCUGCGGCAGCGGCUCUGGGUUGAGUAGCGAGGAUUAUUUUUAUGGCUUCGUUUUGGUCUACUUGAGGAUAUUUAUUAGUAGGAUUUUUCGUAGAGUAGGUAGAGUAGUAAUAUCAUAAUGAUGAAUUCCCAAUCCUCCACUCACAUAAUUUUACGGCCUCGUCGGUCGUCCCAACGAGAAAGACCCACAUGAGUACACAAGAAAAGAGGAAGAUCUUGUUGCUGUAGUAUGCACCCCAUAGAAGAAGUUGAUAAGAAUUUGAGACCCCAAAGUAGCAUAAUGCUGCGUGGUCUUCACGGCCUUGUUAGAGUGCUACUCACCAUAUUUUUGAUGGCAUUCAUCACCAUGAUCCCCCCGUGAAGGUUUUUCAUAUCAUGAUUGGAAGCGUUCAAGAAUGAAUUAUUUUAGUUCUUUUUAAGAAGUUGAGAUGGAAUAGAAAAUGAUUUUUAUGUGUAACUACAACAACCUCUUGGUUCUAAGUCAGGUUUAAAAAUGACAAAGGAAAAAAAUCAAAAUUGGAGGACUGGAAGCAAAACACCUACGGACACUUAUGGCCGCCAUGAGUUUACAACAUGAUGACCUUGACCUUGGCCUAGUACUUCUAUCGUAAAUAUUUAUUCAAAUUCUAGGAGCACCAAUAAAACAUCUAUAUGACUUCUACUUUCCUGAAAUUACAAUUUCUAGUAGAAACAAACUACUUUCCUAACAACAACAUUUUAUAUUUUUGAGCCUCUGCUCGCUCCUAGUGGUCAGACACGGCAACACAAGAGAGCUCCUGGCGAGGACUUUCAUUACUUAGAUGCAUCAUUAUCAUGAUCAUCAUCAUCAUCAUCUUCAUCAUCAUCAUCAUCAUCAUCGUCGUCGUCCUUCCAUAACAGCUGCCUACUUGUAUGACCCUACUCAUUGCUCUAUGUUAUCAAAUACGCAUCUUCACUACUUGAGAACCAACAACCUAUCAAUUAUGAGCAAGAAGACCUGUGGUGAUCAUGAUGAUUAUGGUUGCUGCUACUUUGGGUCGUACUUAUUUGGUUAUCUUCAGUACAUCAUUUGCUCUUCUUCUAAGACUGAUUGACGUCGAGGAGCCGCCCAGGGGCACGAGCUACAAAGUUCCGAUGAAAGUUAUGGCUAUAGACACUGUGGUUACAGGAUGAUACUAAAUAUAUAAACAUGCACAGAAAGCGGGCCCAUCAAGGGGCCCGCUGCGCUGGGCAUAGGUUAGCACUUAGCAACUAAGUAGACAGAUAAGACAAACGAAGCAAGCCGCUAGGUCAUUAAGCUAGCGACGCGCGGCUGGCUUAGAAUGAACCAGCACGGACGGUCGCCAUUGCUAAGCCAGCUGGCUAGCUAUUGCUAAGCUAACAAGCUGGAGGGGCUAUGGCUAAGCUAGCGGGUUAGCUUUGGCGAGGCUGCUGGGUAGUAAGCUCGUCAUGACUAGGCGAACAGACUAGCUAUGUCGGGCUACGCUAGCAGGGUGGCCAUGGCUAGGCUAGCAAGCUGGCACUGGCUAAGCUAGCGCCAACGCCAAGCCGGCGCGCUUGCAGGCUUGGCGUACCCAAUACCCCGCGAUUGGGUAGUACACCACUGCUCCGAAUACUACUAGCUACUAAGAUUGUUUUGUUCCUCCAAUAAAGAAGUUACAAGCUCAAUGACUACUAAGAACAAUCUUCAUCUUCUAUUCCUCUAAUAAAGAAGUGGAGAAGGGCGCGUAUGACAAGACAAAGAAUUCCUUCUACCAGUGCUGCAAUCAUGGUUGUUCUUCCUCUUCUUGCCGUUAAAAAUGUUAUUGUUAAGGCUAGUAGAGAAAGAGCAGAUAACUCAGAUUGAUUCAUCUCUUGGUGCUGCAUCCUUGAAAAGUACUAUGCUUGAGUAUCUAUUCUCGUGCGAUGCAGAAGAUCUUUUUCAAGGCAGAUGCAGGUGCUAAAAGAUGAACUACUGCGGGGCUCUCUAAUAAUAGGAAGCAGUGGAAUAAGUACAUGUAGUACAAGUAGUACAACUAUAGCAGCGGGUGGAGGAGGUUGUGGAGGACGAGAAUUCUAUUAGUUGUAGAAGUAGUACAACUACAAUUUUUAGAUGACGGGAGUAGAAGUCCGUCGUGGAGUAGAAUGGUCAUCAUGGGGAUAGUGGAGAAGAAUGAUCAUCUUCAUGGAGAUGGACGUCUUCAUGUUGAUGGACGUCUGAAAAAGUGGGAGGAUGUUUCCUCGAAGAACCAGCACAACAAUCACAAGCAUGAAGAGCACUUCUUCGUGAACGAGGACAACGACACUUGUGGCACGAAAAUUCGAGGAAACGCCAAUUCAUCAAAAAUAGGAUGAGCCUUCCACACGAUGAUGGACAACAAGAUGAACAGAAGAUGGGCAAGAACUAAUAUCGUUGAUUAAUUUUGGUAGUAUCAGAAUUCGACUGCAUGAGAAUAUUUCAAGAAUUACACAUCUUGUACACAUGAGUAUUACAGAAUUUAGAUCUACACAUCAUUAACAUUCAUAGGAUAAAAAAAUUGUGAAGGAUUUACUAGAAGAACUACAGGACUAAAAAAAUAAUCACCAACGUACACCAACACUAAAAAUAUCGUAGAAUUUAUUUCAAUCGUGAAUAAACCAGAGCAAUAUUAACUUUCCGCAACUACAACAAACAUACAACACCAUUUCAACAUAUACUUAAGAUAAGCUUUUCUUCAUUUAUAACAUAUACGCUAAUCUUCAGUAAUUGUGAUCAUGAUGUAAGGCAGACUUGUCAAGGAGAUCCGUGAAAAAGAAUUUGGAUUAAUUGAGUGAGGAGAAGGAGAAAAAUACGAUCUCGAUCUCCAUGAGACUUAUGACUUAAAUGUUUAAGAGUCUAGUAAGCAUUUUUACUCCUGGCAAGAGUACUGGUAUACCUUGCUCGCCCUAAGUAACCGGAAUCGCAGUCAUCUAGUCCUUCGCUCAAAAUAGAUGAAGACUUCCAAACUUUUCAAAGAGCCAGUGUAACAACUUAUGCUUACGAUCUUCCUGCUCCAGGCUUCACGACCUAGUACGUAAGAUAUGAAAAACUCAACAUAUGGGAACGUACUUACAGAGUCAGAGUCAGAGCCUUUAUUGGUCUUAAUGCUGCAGGACAGGCGGGACGACGUAUUUCAUCUCGUCAGAGUGGAGGUGGUAGUCCAAGUUCCGUGGACCACGACCCUAUGGUGAAGAUCUGGACGCUCGACAGAGAGUCAACACCGAACCUAACCUAGAUCUCCAAAACAUAGUAAAGCUGCUCAUUGAAUUUUUCAUAUUCAUCUUCUUCAUAGUGAUCAUGAUCUCGCCAAUCAUAGUUGUUGCUUUAUGUAACCCGUACACUCAUCGAUGUUUUUUCUCUUACCAGAAACACAUAAGAUUUCGGGAACAGAUCUCAGAGGACGUGUUCAUAAGCGUAGUUCUAGUGUGCGUAAAAAAUUCAAAUGUAAUACUCAAAUGGGAGAACAAAAGCAAUCGUAUGGAUAUUACGUAAAAAAAUGUUGAAAAAAACCUACAACUAGCGUGUUGUACUAUACUUCAUUGUGUGGUCGACGGAAUAGAAGAAGAGAAUAAUGAAGGAGCUACUUAGAUACACAUCAGUUUAAGAAGGACAAGGGGUGGCCGUGGUCCUUCAACAUCAUGAGCUGCAAGCAGAGCAUGCAAACAGAUGAUUCCACAAGAGAUGACUGAUAUGGUCGACAUUGCUAGUUGUACCAAAAAAAAUCUUCCACCAAGGUUCUUGUCCUACUUUUCUCCUUCUCGUCGUCCACUCGGAUAAUUCGUGUUUUGAAGAGUGGAACGAGGAAGAGGAAGCGGACGAAGUGACCACGCGACGAGCAGCGCACUAC